GCAGAAGCUAAUCAUGUCUGCCAUUUUUAAUUUCCAGAGCCUGCUGAUAGUGAUUCUCCUGUUAAUAUGUACCUGUGCUUACCUGCGUUCCCUGGUCCCCAAUUUACUAGAUAAAAAUAAAACCGGAGUCCUUGGCAUAUUUUGGAAGUGUGCAAGGAUUGGUGAAAGAAAAAGUCCAUAUGUUGCAGUCUGCUGUGUAGUAAUGGCCUUCAGCAUCCUCUUCAUGCAGUAGUCCUGAAAUAAUAUGACAAUGUAAUGUUCGUUUUUGGCCAAGACACAUUUUUCAACUAAAUAUAUGUACAGAACACAAACAUUGUUUUUUUUAAGCCUUGACUCUCAGAAAUGUGUAUACAUGGACCAACUGUCUUUUGCCGAGGAAUACUUUUACUUUUCAUAUUCUGCAUUUGUGAAGAAAUCUGUUCAAAUAUGGACCUAACUGCUAUUUGGAAGCAUGGUGGGCUGUCUUGUCAGAAGGGCUAUGGGUUUUUAAAGCAAUAUGAUCUCCAAAAUAAAAUGGUUCUGCCCUUUUCCCUACAUAAAUUUCUUAAAUAUAACAUUCACAAGUGAUAACUGCUCUUCUUUAGACCCAGUUAAAUGUAGUUCACACUUCCUAUACCUAAAUAACUUGUCAGCUACUUAGUUUGGCCAUAAACUGUUCCUUUUUCCCAAAUGUAGUUUGCUAGCUAUACCUAAAUAUGCAAAUCAAAAUUGUUUUGGCCACAAGAUGUUUUUAAACUUCUUAUUGUUGAGUAAACAAACAAUACACAAUAUUUAAAAUCUACCCAUCAAAUUGGAGAUGGUAUGUCACUCUUCAUUUAGAAAACCACCAAUGAUGAUUGGUGGCUGAAUGUACUGAACAUCUAUUGGCUGUUAACCAUGUUUCUGGAAUCCUUCUACUCAAAUAUGUUUUGAGUUAGUGUGUCAGUAUUUAGCCCAAGUUGCUGAGUCUAGGGAAUGAUGUCCUUGCAUAUAUGUAUGUUUGAAAACUCUGUGGUGACAAGAGAGUGAUUUCAACAAAAAAAACUGUGUUUUGUGGUGAAACAUUCUCCAGUUAAAAUAAAGAUUCUGGAAAAGAAA